AUGGGCAAAAAAGACAAGAAAACAGGGAAAGGCAACUCAGGUCGCCUCGAUAAAUAUUAUCAUUUGGCCAAAGAACAAGGAUACCGUGCCCGAUCUGCUUUCAAAUUAAUCCAACUAAACAAAAAAUAUAAUUUCUUGGAACGAUCUCGUGUGCUAAUUGAUUUAUGUGCUGCGCCUGGUGGUAUCGAUCUUGUUCCCAUAAAACCGAUUCCAAAAGUAAUAACAUUACAAAAUGAUAUAACUACAGAGAAAUGUGUUGAUUCUUUACGACACGUACUAAAAUCUUGGAAAGCUGAUACUGUGCUGCAUGAUGGUGCUCCGAAUGUUGGUGUGUCAUGGGUACAAGAUGCUUUUUCGCAAUCAGAGUUGACGUUAAUGGCACUGAAAUUGGUCGUUGAAUCCAAAGAUUAUAAUAACCUAAUAUGGGUUUUUAAUCAACUAUUCAAAAAGGUUGAGGCGACGAAACCCGCUUCUUCAAGAAAUGUGUCCGCGGAAAUAUACGUAAUCUGCAAAGACUUUCUUGCCCCGAAAAAAAUUGACCCAAAAUUUCUUGACCCACGUUCUGUGUUCAAAGACUUGGAAAUUGGACCACCUAAUAAAUCUGUUGAUGUUUUACAUCCCGACAAGAAAAAACGGCAUCGUGAUGGCUACGAGGACGGAAACUAUACGCUAUAUAAAAAAGUGUCGAUUAUGGAGUUUGUGAAUUCUGAUGAUCCUGUUCGUAUUCUUGGCGAUGCUAAUACAUUGGAAUUCGAUAGUGACGAAGCUAAAAUGCUGUUAAAUCAUGAAUCAACCAAGGAUGAAAUCAAAAUUAGCUGCGAGGAUUUAAAAGUUUUAGGAAAACGUGAAUUCAAGAAUUUAUUAAAAUGGCGUAGCACAAUUCGAGUAUUUGUGAACGCGCCUAAAAAAGAAAAAGUUGAAGUAAAAGAAAUCCAAGAACCAGUCGAUGAAGAUCAAGCAAUUCAAGAAGAGCUUGAUACACUCACCAAAGAAGAUCGACUACGCAGAAAACGACUACGACGCAAAGCUAAUGAAAAAAAACAAAAAAAUAUAACGAGAAUGCAACUAAAGAUGAUCAAUCCAACUGAUAUUGCACUUGAUCAAGUUGGACCUGAUAGUGGUGAUCUUUUGUUUGACCUUCGACAAGUGGAUAAAGCAGGGGCAAUAGAAAAAGUCAGAAAAGGAGAUAUGGAUAUAACAUUGGAUAAUGACGAAGAAAAACAAGAUGACGGUGAUAUCGUAAUAGAUGAUGAUCGAACCAAAAAAGAAGCGCAAUUAGAUGAAAUGUACGAAGAUUAUAAGGAAAGGAAAGCAGAACGUGAUGCGAAAUAUAGAGCGAAAAAGAUGCGACGAGAAUCCAACGAUUGUGAUGAAAAUCAAAAGAAUUUUGAUGACGAUGACAAAGAGUUAAAUCAAUAUUCUGAUAGUGAUUCUUCAGUUACUUCUUUGCCAAGACGUGAUAGAUUUGACGACUCUGAAACUACUACUUCGGAUAGCAGCGAUAGUAGCAAUACUGAUUCAGAAUCUGACCGAGAUAAUAAUUUAGUUGCCAAAAAAAAUGCCAAGAGUAAAAGAAAGAUCAAAAAAUUAAUAACUGAACUUGAAAGUGAUAAAGAGGACGACGACGAAAAAGAGUUAAGUUUGAAGAGUUGUGGUCAGUUGAGCAAGAAAGCUGCGUUGUUUUUUGAUCAGCCGUUAUUUAAGGGUGUAAUAAAUGAAGAGGAGAAAAAUUACGAGUUAUCAAAAAAUAAUGUUAAAAAGGAGGAGAAAAUUGUUUCAGAAGAUAAAAGAGAGGUAAAGCAACCCGCCAUUAAUGGUAAUGGAAACUCGAAAAAGAGGAAAGCUGAUGAGAUGGAAAAAGAUGAUAAUAAAGAGGAUGAAAACGACGACAUUGUAAUAAAUAUGACAAAAGAUCAGGACGAAGACGAAAAAAUAUGGGAUGUAAAUGAAUCUGACGAAGACGAAAAGAAAAUGAAACAGGUUCAAAAAAUUGGUCUUCUUACACCUGAAGCAAUAACACUCGCAAAACAACUGGUAAAUCGCCAAAAAACAAAACAAGAACUUAUUGAUGCAGGGUUUACGCGUUAUGCUUUCUACGAUAAAGAAGGAUUACCGGAAUGGUUUUUGGAUGAUGAGAAACGUCAUAAUCAACCAAAUUUACCGAUCACUAAAGAGGCCGUUGAAUUGAUACGUGAACGAAUGAAAGCGUUGAACGCACGUCCUAUCAAAAAAAUAGCAGAGGCUAAAGCGAAAAAGAAGAUGAGGGCUCUUAAUCGGCUAGCAAAACUACAAAAAAAAACCGAUGCAAUUGCAGAAAAAUCUGACAUGACUGAACGAGAGAAAUCCCAAACGAUCACCAAAAUUUUGAGUAAAGCACAAAAGCAAAAGAAAGAAGUAAAGGUCGUGGUUGCCAAAGGUGCUAUUAAAGGUACAAAGGGCAGACCCAAGGGAGUCAAAGGAAGAUACAAGAUGGUUGAUGCUCGGAUGAAAAAAGAAGUAAGAGCAAUGGAUCGGAUUAAUAGUAAAAGCAAGAAAGGGAAAGGGAAACCCCCUCGCAAGAAACAAAAACGAUAA